CACGCAAGAUGACUGUGUGGCGAGAUCUCGACGGAUGCUUUGUGUGAAGCUGCCACUUGCUGCGCUCUCGCCAUCUUGACAAAUUACACACUCGCAUCUCAUUCAGGGCGGGAGGUACCUCGAUGGAUGAUAAUAGCGGGAUCUUUCUUCACUUCCCUCGUUUUCUGAGUCGUUUUUCUUCAUCACAUCUCUUCAUUUUGAUACAAGUCACACUGUUUUGCUGGAUGCAAAUUUCCUUCAAUUUGCUGGGUAACGUUGAGCUCAAGUGUUUGUUGUAGUGUAGAGGAGUUUCGCAGCGUUGGUGCACGUUGACGUUUCUUCAGUGCGUGAAGCAGAGCAACGAAUAUAUGAAGCCGCAGCCGUUCGUGAUGACACAAGCCAUACUCCAACCAUCUGACAAGCUGGAAACGGAAGCAGUUGAAGUCUCGCCGCCCGGUCAUGACAAUGCGCAAGAAGGGGCUGCGAAAACGGACCUGAAACGGGACAGCAGCAUUAGUGAGCGUGCAACACUAGGGUUACCCAAGCACUUAGAAGACUUGAUACUUGCCCGUCUGUCCAUUUCGGAGUUAUCCAGAGUUCUCUGCGUCUGCAAGCGAUGGAAUUCACUCAUCACGCACCCUCCCUUCCUAACCCUUCGGCAAGUGAUCCAAGGCCCACACGAGGCAACGUUUUUUCCUGUAGUUUUCUGGAAUGAUGGGAAACCAAAACUGCGAAUCUCUCGUUCUGGGAGCAAGCUCGAAUCUAACGAAGACUUGGAGCCCAUUUAUCCUACAUCCACAUCGGCCAGUGCUAAUUCUGGGCACGACCAUGAACGUGCGACAUGGUCAUGGCUGGGGUACGACUCUUCAAGGCGAAAGUGGCAGGCUAUGAAGCCCUUCAUCACUCCAAUUCAUGUUAAAAACGUAAUCACAAGCUCCAAGGGCCUCUUAUGCUUACGGGGAGAGAAUUCUUUGCUGGUUCUCAACCCCAUGACUGGAUCGCAAAGAGAGCUCCCUCUGAAAGAGAACGUCGUUCAGCUGGUGGUCGAUGCAGAGUCGAAUUCCUUCCAACUCAUCUGUGCAGCGUCACGCAAAAGGACCAAGGUAUACGACUCACAGACUGGAGUAUGGACCAAGAGAGGCAGGCCAUUACCGAACCUGGCCUUGGCAAAUCACAUUGGAGCGUACUGCGAUGACGUGCUCUACUGCGUUGCCAGGGAGGAGAGGAGCGGCAUGUGGGGCGUGACAAGUUAUGAUGUGAAGGAUACAAGAGCAUGGGGCAACAUCAUCUUCUUCCCAUUGCAGACCUGCGAGACAUGCUUGAAGGCCAAGGUGAUCCAGUUCGGAGGCGAAAUUUUUGCUCUUGUAGAAAAGGAGAAUGACGAGGAUGACAUUGGCCCUAGGAUGAAGAGUCUCUCCUUGUGGAAGCUGGAGAGGACAUCGCUGAAAUGGCGGUCUGCAGGGAUAAUGCCCACCCAUUCACGCCAACACCUAGUGAAUCUGGACGACUUCGACUGCGUGGCGUUGAACGACCGAAUCUGUGUUCUGAACAAGAGCACUUUCAAGGCUGUGCUUUGUUUCAUCUCCGAUGGUGUUGUUAAAUCAUGGGAGCAGUUUCCUCUUGAUUCUUCGAUGUUAACAUUCCUCUCCGAUACCGACAAACCUUUCGUUGAACGCUCUAUUGUCCAGUUUGCGUUUGAACCCAACUUGUUGAUGUCACUUUAGACGAUGGUUUUACGUAGCAAAAUCAUUCUUUCCGUCACAAAGUUGAAGAUUAGUGUGAGGCGAUUUAGAUUGUGGGCAUUAGUUAUCUGAGAUGGUACAUGUGAAUUUAGAAGAAGGAUCACCACUCCUUCCUGUUUUCUAGAUUUAUGGCUGCUGAUUAAUGCCAUAGCUGUUGGCGCGCCUGUUGCGUGACAAAGAGUUCAUACUUCUGUAUAAAUCACUAUCUCUCGACUCACAACAGAUAUUCUGCUUCUGAA